AUGCCUUACAACAUCGCCAUGGUGUCGGACUAUUUCUUUCCCCAACCAGGAGGUGUCGAAAGUCACAUCUACCAGCUUGCCACGAAACUGAUCGAUCGAGGUCACAAAGUCGUGGUUAUCACUCAUGCAUACAAAGGCCGUACUGGAGUACACUACCUGACGAAUGGCCUAAAAGUCUAUCAUGUACCGUUCCUGGUCAUCUACAGAGAGACAAGCUUCCCAACUGUUUUCUCAUUUUUUCCUAUGUUCAGGAACAUUGUGCUCAGGGAACGGAUUGAGAUUGUACAUGGGCAUGGCAGUCUAAGCAGUUUGUGCCAUGAAGCAAUCUUACAUGCAAGGACAAUGGGAUUGAAGACUGUUUUUACUGAUCAUUCUCUCUUUGGCUUUGCCGAUGCUGGCUCGAUAUUGACCAACAAACUUUUGAAGUUCACUCUCAGUGAUGUAGACCACAUAAUCUGUGUCAGUCACACCUGCAAGGAGAACACAGUGCUGAGAGCCUCGCUUGACCCUCUAAUCGUAUCUGUGAUACCUAACGCUGUUGUUGCGGAGAAUUUCCAGCCACUAACUUAUGUGCCCAAAGCAAACGACAUCAGUAGCUACAGCGUCAAGCCGCAGCCGAUACCACGACGACUUGGACCUGAUGACCAAAUCACCAUUGUGGUUAUAUCCAGACUGUUCUACAAUAAGGGUAUCGAUCUCCUCAUUGCAGCUAUGCCUCGGAUCCUUGCAGCUGAUCCUAAUGUUCGGUUCUUGAUCGCCGGGUCAGGUCCCAAGGCCAUUGACCUGGAGCAGAUGAUCGAGAGGCGCAUGCUGCAAGACAGGGUUGAAUUGCUUGGUCCAGUACGACACGAGGAGGUCAGGGACGUCAUGGUCCGUGGUCACAUCUAUCUUCACCCUAGCCUUACCGAGGCCUUUGGAACUGUGAUUGUCGAAGCUGCUAGCUGUGGGUUGUAUGUUGUCUGCACCCGUGUAGGAGGUAUACCUGAAGUCCUACCUCGUCAUAUGACCACGUUUGCGAAGCCAGAAGAGGACGACCUAGUCAGAGCCACAGGCAGCGCAAUAGCCAAACUACGCUCCGGUAGUGUCAAGACAGAAAGAUUUCAUGAUCAAGUCAGAAUGAUGUAUUCCUGGACCGAUGUGGCACUGCGAACUGAACGUGUCUAUGACGGCAUCACCGGAGCCAUUAGUGAAGAGGAGUUCUUCUAUGGCAUACAUCCGGAUGGGAAUUGGUCUGCCGCCAGAGUUCGUGCUGGUGUUCAAAGCUAUGCACUGAUUGACCGACUGAAGCGAUAUUAUGGCUGUGGCGUGUGGGCAGGACUGGCCUCGCAAGCCAUUCAUCAACGACAAGAACAAACCCGUCGAACACAACUCGUAUCGACCGAGGUAUGUUGA